GUACUUUAUUUCCUGUAUUCAGUAGAUUUCUUUUAGGUGGUUUGCGGUUUGGGGAAUGUUGGAUCCUUUUCCUGUUUUACUCGUUUGGUCGCGCGAAUGAUCAAAUCAAUAAUGUUUUUGUUGGUUAUUUUAGAUCACAAAAGUCAAAGUAUUUACUUGAGCGAGCUUACCAGCACAGAUUUGUUCAAGUAUAGUGUUAAUGAUGUUUUUGGUCGGCCUUCUUGUAUACUGAUUGAUGAGUCGCUACGAGUUUUUGUGGUGGAGAUUUGUGUGCCUUCGGAACAUGAAGAUAUUCAUGAGAUGCUUUUGUGGAUUUGUGGAUUGACGGACAAUUCUUUAGUAUUGGCUUCUGCAUUCAUGAAUAUGCCAAUCGGGUUCCUUUGUUUAACCAUUGUGGGAUAACAAGAGAACUCCCUAUAAGGGAGAAGCAGAGUGAAAAAACAGGCAGAAAGAAAUAUGGGAGAAGCACUUCUCACAACCUUAUCAAUGGAGAACUAUCAUCCAUCCACACUUCUAUCAAUUGAUUCAGGAACUUUCACACGUGAUGAAUUGGAGAGGGAGAUUAAUCGAUCAGUUCUCCUUUCCCGGCCACCUGACAUCAAUCUUCCUCUGUCAUCGGAGGCUAGCCCACCUCCACUGACAUGGAAUGACCCUUGUGAUGUCUUAGAUGUUGUCCUUGGACCUCAAAUUUAUGAGGCUGAGGCUGUUGUUAAUGUCCCAAAAGUUGCGAAGAAGUGGAACAAGCGGCUUGAUAGCAUAUGGGGUGCUUGGUUCUUCUUUACUUUCUAUUUCAAGCCUGUUUUAAAUGAGAAGUCCAAGUGUAAGAUGAUUAGAGACAGCAAUGGUUUGUCUGGGUAUGAGAAAGCAGACUUGCAGCUUGAUGCUUUUUUGGUUCAGCAUGAUAUGGAGAACAUAUAUAUGUGGGUUUUCAAGGAAAAGCCUGAAAAUGCACUUGGGAAAAUGCAGCUCAGGAGUUACAUGAAUGGUCAUUGUCGUCAAGGAGAACGCCCAUUUCCAUUCAGUGUGGAUAAAGGUUUUGUUCGAUCUCACAGGAUGCAGAGGAAGCAUUACCGUGGUCUUUCUAAUCCUCAAUGUCUUCAUGGCAUUGAACUUGUUCGAUCUCCCAACCUCAUGAAUCUUGAUGAGGAAGAGAAAAAGAAGUGGAUGGAGCUCACUGGAAGGGAUUUAAAUUUCUCUCUUCCACCUGAAGCAAGUGACUUUUCCUCAUGGAGGAACCUUCCAAAUACAGAAUUCGAGCUUGAGCGACACCUUCCUCCGCUAAACAGUAAUGGGAAUCUCCAUCCAAAGAAGUUGCUAAAUGGCACUGGUUUGAACUUGUCAACUCAGCCAUCAGACUAUACGAGUAGUGAUGUGAUUGAUAUCUCACCUAUCUGCAACAAACGCAAGAAGGAUUAUUUUCCACUCGGGAAUAGUGACGACUCCUGUUCUAAUAAUUCACACUCCGACAUAGUUUUGGACAUGAAAAUCCAAUCAGUCGAGCUGCCAUGGUUGAAUGAGUUUAGUGGAGUGAUGAAGAAUGUAUUAGGACCAGUUACAGCAGCCAAAACAAUAUACGAAGAUGACCAGGGUUUCUUGAUUAUUGUCAGCUUGCCUUUUGCAGAUCUUGAGAAGGUGAAAGUUACAUGGAGAAAUACUCCCUCACACGGGAUUGUUAAAAUAUCUUGUGUGAGUACGACUCGCAUGCCAUUCAUUAAGAGACGUGAUAGGACUUUUAAGCUAACAGAUCCAACACCAGAGCACUGCCCUCCCGGGGAAUUCAUCAGGGAAAUUUCCCUUCCAAACCGCAUUCCAGAAGAUGCUAAAUUAGAGGCCUACCAUGACGAAACAGGAACAAUGCUGGAGAUCAUGGUGCCAAAACAUCAUGUAGGACCAGAAGAACACGAGGUCCGUGUGUGCCUUCGCCCUUCACCAUGGAGCGAAUGAGCAGCUUUUAUUGACCCGAAUAAAAGUGAUGUGAGGGCGAGAAUUUGCAAAGAUUGUUAAGAGUGGCCGGUGCUUCAUUGUUUUCUAACCUCAUUCCAUAAAGGAAACCUUGAAAUGAAAUAUGCAUUUUUUUGUCCUACAUUUUUAGUAUUCUGAUUUCAUACCCGUUGUAACCUUUUUAGGUGAUCAUGACGUCCGAGGAAAAGUGUGUUGAUCAUGAUAAUUUGUUAAGGACGAGCAUCUGUUUGGUUAGAUUUUUCUUUUCUCUUUUCAUCCAAGAAAGUGUCAAUUAUUUUCUUGGUCAUGAUACUGAUGAAUAUAUUGUUUCUCUUCCUUUUA